AUGACCGACUCACCGGACGUCCCUAACACCCAAAAGGCCUUCGUGCCCCUCGAAAACAACCCCGAAGUGAUGUCCCACCUGGUCCACCAACUCGGCCUCCCCAAAAGCCUAGGUUUCACAGACGUAUUCUCAAUCGACGAACCCGACCUCCUAGCCUUCGUCCCCCGCCCUUCGCACGCCCUCCUCCUCGUCUUCCCAGUCAGUAGUACCUACGAAACAUCCCGCACGGCCGAAGACAGUAGCCUCCCGGAAUACACAGGAAAAGGGCCGUCGGAACCAGUAACCUGGUUCAAGCAAACGAUCCGCAAUGCCUGCGGUCUCAUUGGCCUCCUGCACGCCGUCUCAAACGGCGAACCCCGUCGACACAUCACCCCAGGCUCAGACCUUGAUAACUUACUCCGCGAAGCUGAGAACCUAGCACCCGUCGCGCGAGCAGAUCUUCUUUAUGAAAGUAAGGCGCUUGAAAGCGCGCACGCGGGCGCAGCGAAGUUGGGGGAUACGGCUGCACCGGAGGCGGAGGCUAGCGUUGAUUUGCAUUUUGUGGCAUUUGUGAAGGGUGCUGAUGGGAUGCUUUGGGAGCUUGAUGGACGGAGGAAGGGGCCGUUGGCGAGGGGACAGCUUGGCGACGAGGAUGCGUUGAGUGAGAAAGCACUUGGGUUGGGGGUGAGGCGGUUUUUGAGCACGGAGGCGGCUGGCGGGAAUCCGGAUCUGAGGUUUAGUCUUGUUAGUUUGGGACCUCUUUUUGAUUAG